ACAAUAAUAACUUGUACGGUCUCAAACAGAGUACGGAGAAGAGCAGCGGUCGGUAGUCGAGAUCUGCUGCGUCGCAGAAGAAUCACACUAAAACCUGAUCAGAAAAAAACAACUCAAAAUCUGUCAGACCAUCGGAGAAGUGAACUCGAACGAGCCUGAGAGGAAACGGAGCCUUUGUUUUCAGAAGCAGCAGGGAGCCGAACCGGAGGAAAGAUGAUGAGUUUUCUGCCAUACUUCUCCGCUGAGACCUGGACCCUCCUGGCCCUCCUCAUCACCCUCAUUGUAGUGUACGGGUACUGGCCCUAUGGUGUAUUCACUAAGAUGGGUAUCCCUGGUCCCAAACCCCUACCUUACUUUGGCACAAUGUUGGAGUAUAGAAAGGGUUUCACUAACUUUGACACAGAGUGCUUUCAGAAGUACGGGAGAAUCUGGGGGAUCUAUGAUGGGAGGCAGCCUGUUCUGUGUACCAUGGACAAAAGCAUAAUCAAGACCGUCCUGAUUAAAGAGUGUUACAACAUCUUCACCAACCGCAGGAACUUACGUCUGAAUGGCGAGAUGUUUGAUUCGUUGUUCGUUGCCGAGGACGAUACGUGGAGACGGAUCCGCAGUGUCCUCUCACCUUCCUUUACCUCUGGACGACUGAAAGAGAGUCGGGUGGAUUUCUUACAGCUGAUGAUCGACUCUCAGAAAGGCAACGACACAAAGACAGGAGAGGAACAGACUAAAGGACUGACUGAUCAUGAGAUCUUGUCUCAGGCCAUGAUCUUCAUCUUCGCCGGCUACGAGACCAGCAGCAGUACUAUGAGUUUCCUGGCCUAUAACCUGGCAAACAAUCCCCAUGUCAUGACCAAACUGCAGGAGGAGAUAGAUACUGUGUUCCCCAACAAGGCUUUAAUCCAGUACGAAGCUCUGAUGCAGAUGGACUAUUUGGACUGUGUGUUGAACGAGUCUCUGAGACUGUACCCCGUCGCCCCGCGACUGGAGAGGGUCGCCAAGAAGACGGUGGAGAUUAACGGCAUCGUCAUCCCCAAAGACUGCAUUGUCCAGGUUCCCACGUGGACCCUCCAUCGUGACCCAGAGAUCUGGUCUGACCCUGAGGAGUUCAAACCAGAGAGGUUCAGUAAGGAGAACAAGGAGUCUAUUGAUCCGUACACGUACAUGCCAUUUGGUGCGGGGCCCAGGAACUGUAUCGGGAUGCGUUUCGCUCUGAUCAUGAUCAAACUGGCCAUGGUCGAGAUCCUCCAGAGUUUCACUUUCUCCGUCUGCGACGAGACCGAGAUCCCAUUGGAGAUGGACAAGCAGGGUUUGCUGAUGCCCAAACGACCAAUCAAACUGAGGCUGGAUUCCCGUAGCAACACCCUUAGCAAUUACACCGCCACCUCUCUGACAAGUCCAACAACAUGACCGAAUGCAGUAGCACCCUACCCUGUAGAACCCCCCCCCCUCUCUCUCUCUCUCUCUCUCUCUCCCCACACACAAAAGGGCUUUACUACAGACAGAAAUACUUCCCCGCACGCCCCCUCUCCCCACUAAUGAUCCUGAGCUGGUGUGGUUACAUGUGGUCUGCCGUUGUGAGGCCGGAUGGACGUGCUGCCAAAUUUUCGAUCUAUCUAUCUAUCUAUCUCUUGAUCGGCUACUGAAUGUUCAGUCCUUAUCCUGACCCUGCUAUAGGCUACUGAAUAUUCAGGCUGGGAUUCAAUAGGCUACUUAAUAUAAUAUGAUAAUAAGAACUGCAUUCAUGAUAAAUGUUGCAUAUGUCAGUUCAAUCGGAAAUUACCUUUAAAAUGGCACAUAGCUGACAAAGGGCUGGGAUUGAAUCCUGGUCUCUAGGACUCAGAAACCCAUUUCCACCAGAUAAAAGAGAGAUAGUAAUACUAUGGAUGCAUUAGAGGUACAUGUCUUGUUAAAGUUAGACACCAGGGGGUAUUAAAUCCAUGGCAUGAUGUCAUGUCUGGAUCCUGCACACUACUGGCUGGUGGCUGGAAUUCUCCUAGAAUGUAGAACUCUAGCUGGUGUUCUCUAGAACUGUACUCUCAUUCUGUUCCUCUGGGUGUUCUGCUGUCCAGUCAUUCCAAAAUAGAAUCUUUACUGUCUGUUGAGAUGAUCCCUGCAGCUGCUUGGUUUUAACUUUAAUAAUCACAAACCAAUAAAAUCAUCACACUAAUGAA